GAGAGAUUCCAAUGAAGCCCCGGAGCCUUCUACUUCUACUUCUGCAUUUGAUUGGAAAACAUAAUGAGAGCUUCACAAAAUGCUCUUGAAUUGGAAAAGAGAAGGCAACUUAUAUACGAAGAAUUGUCUACAAAAACCGAGCCUCUAAAUCAGGAUUAUGAACUAUAUUUAGGAAGACUAAUUAGAACUAUAUCAGCUACUGUAGGACAAGGGCAGAAGAAAUAAUGAAACUGAUGAAUAAUCCACAAUAUCCACAGUCCAUCAGUAUAAAAUUAUUUGCAAAAAAGAUUGUCUCCAACUGCACAAUUCCAAAGGCCUCUAAUGCCAUAUUUGCUUCCAGUAUUGUUGCUGUUCUUGUGACAUCUAAGAUCCCUCUAGCCAUGGACGUUCUCGUUGCCGAGUUGAACAAAGCUUGCAUCUACACAGUUCCAAAGCACAUAAGUUAUUCACAGGAAGCAUUUAGAUGCAAAGACGACUACUUCAAAGCGAUCGGUUACAAGGAAGUAGAUGGCAAGAUUGAGCACCUCGAUGAGUAUUUGGAAAGGUUGAGCUCUUAUAUGAAACUAUAUGGAGCUUUAGUGCAGACUGAAGUUGGAGGCUGCCAAAACCUGCACGGAGCAAAGGAAGGUUGGGCAUGGCUUGCAAGAUUCAUGAAUAUGACGCCACCAAAUCUCUUUACUGCAGUUGCUCUUGAUUCAUUUCUCGUGAUGGCUGGAUACGGGAUGCACAGUCGAUAUAAAACCCAGUUUGAGAAGCUAUUGAGCAUGAUUGGGGUGAGCGCGUUACAAGAAGGUGGUGGAGAGUCGAGGAGUGCCAAGAUGAGCAAGGUUAAGAUGUCAAUUCAAAAUUAUAUCGAGUCAAAGCAGUACAAGAAAGAAGCCGAAGGAUUGCGAUUGAGACACCGUUUAGACUCGAGUGGACUAUAUUGA